UAAGAUGGAAUAUGAUUUGAUAAUCUCCUUAGUGUUAUACAUGUGAAUCUUUAGUCAGCAUGCUUCAAUGUAGCCUAUAGUCUUAUGGGUGAGAUAUAGUUAAGUAGGCUCGGCAAUUUUGCCAACAAAUCAUUGGUUGAGCUGGGCGGGAGGAUACAAUGUUGCUAUUGUUGAUUGUCAGAACAUAUGUUGCACUGACUUGUGCUGGACCAUAGCCCAUUGUGAUUGAGACCAAGCUCAUGAGCUCACCAAGCUCUUCAAACACCGCCGAUUCAGCCGCCACAAUGGCUGGCCGCCGCAGCUGUGUGAAUUCGCUCUGGUCGGGCACCGAGCGGGUUCGGAUUGGCGAGCGGCUGAAAGCGACCCUGGCCGGAAUCCUAGAGCUAGACCUGCUCCGGGGACAACAUCUAGAUAUGAUCGAUGCGGAACUAGACCUCAAAGACACCAGCAGCACCGAUACCACGGUGACUGUCAUCACUGAUCAACAGGAGGAAAACCUCGAGAGCGCAGCCUCGGAUGGCUCUGCGACAUCCCGCAGGCAACAGGUUCCCUCUUCUCCUUCAGAAACAGUGUUACCAUGCCACACCAGCACGUUGGACAAGGACAGUGGGGGGAACUUUGGAGGAGAUGGGCCGGUUCGUUCCAGAGUUGAUGGGGAUAACUCACGCUGCUCCACCCUGUCUUGGGAUGCUCCAUCUGACCUGCUCUUACCCCCAGACCUUGAUGGUGCAGUCCAGCUGGACUAUUACUCCAGGCCCAGCUCAGGUUUUUAUUCAGUCAGUGGCAGCUCCCUAUCAGACUCCUGCUACUCUGUGUCCAGUGAGGCAUCCCUGGCCCAGGGGGGUCCAGUAAAAGGUGGGCUAGUCCGGGCUGGACCAGGACCACCCUCAGGGGGAGCCUUCAGGCUGUGGGAGCAGCGGGCUCUCUCUGCAGACCACAGAGACACCCAGUGGCCGGAGGCCACGCAGCAGCCAAGAACUCAGAGCAUUGAGGAGACCACAGAGAUCACUGAUAGGAGACCAGUGUCUACGGUUGACCUGGAAAUGAACAGCCUUUUCUUCCUGUCUGACCUGUGCGCCAGCCUGGGUGACCCCCAUGCCGGCUCCCUCCUCCCGCUCCCUGACCUCCGACCCCAACUCGACCCCAGGUUCUGUUCUGACCUGGUGUCCCGGAGGACCAAGGAGGUGUACCCGUACCCCAGCCCCCUCCAUGCCGUGGCCCUCCAGAGCCCCCUCUUCACCUACAGUCAGGACCCCUCUCCCUCCCCUCGCCUCUCGCCGAGUCCGGACUCCUCUACCCAGGCUGAAGAAUCUCAGUCCACUCCCCUCUUCCGCCCCCCCCAGCCUCCUCAGCCCUCCACCUUCACCCAGCUGGAGCAGUACAUCACCAGGCUGGCCCGCCAGUACCGAAGCCGGAUUGCCCCCCCUGACACCACCCUUACCGCCAUCCCCAGGCAAGGCUCCCACAGGGGCCCCAGAACCCCUGGCCACGGCUCCACUCAGUCGCUGUCGGCCUUUGAGAACCGCAGUACCCCCUCCAACCAGACAGGGGGCAGUGUGACGCCCUGCAAGUCUUUUCUGGGAAACUCUGCACGGGUCAGCCUCAGCAGUAUCAGUAAGAAGGCCAGUAGGAACUCCAUAAACCUGGGCCACCUGCCCUCAGUGACAGGAGAAGAUCUCAAAAUCAACCUCCAUCUCAACCUCAGUCUCAACCUCAGCCCCAAUCUGAACAAAAACCUGGGUUUAGACUCAAACUCCAAGGAAGGUAUUAGCACUAGUGGUGUAUUAAAGAGUGACCAUGCUACCCCCACUGCCUCCCCCUCUCCUUCCACCUCCUCCCUCUCCAGCGCCGCCACUCCCACCCCUGCCCUGAGGGUGAGGCCACGCAUCUCAACCUGUCCCUCCAACCUCAAUCACCGGAGCUCUCUGGAGGUCACCGGGUCAGGGGCUGGGUCAGGUCUAGGAUUCUCCCGCUCACUGGACUGGAGUAGAUUGGAUUCUUCACCAGGGAAAGUGACAAUGAGUCAACUUAGCGUCAAUGCCCCGGACGCCAGCCCGAGUAUGCUCAGCGAGGACUCAGCGAUGGUGGGGGAGAUCUCCCGUCUCUCUGGCCUGCCCCGGGCUGUGGUGGUGGGGCUGAUGGAGCAGGGUGUGGAGCUGGAUGUUGACUGCUUCCAGAGCGACACCGAGAGAAAAGGUCAGGGGUCAGAGUUUAAAGGCCAAAGCUCCUCCCCUUCCUCCCGCCAGACAGGCCGGAAUGACCACCAGUCUCAUCAUGAUGAUUAUUCCAGUGUCCGCCACCUCCAUGCCAGUAACGAGACUGACCUCGACCCCCAGAGGCCGAUCCAUCUGUCCCUCAGUGUCACCAACUCCUCCAGUUCCCAUUCCAGUAGCCCUAAUCACCCUUACCAGUCAACCUCAACCCAUCCAUCUACCCAUCAUCAUGUCACCCACCACCACACACAUACCUUCCACUGCCAACAAACCCCUUCCCCAUCCGACCCCUCCUCCUCUACUGCCUCCUCCCCCUCGUCUCGUGACCACCCCAGGGUACACUCCCCACCCCGCCCUCUCCAGCCCUCCCCCCUAGCCACUACUCCAUUCUCUGUGUUCCGGCGGGAUGACCCAUUCCAGUGCUCCCUGCCUCGCAUCAGUGACAGCAGCUCACCACAAGGGGGCGGCAUCCGGCCCAGAGGGGGGUCGCUACGGCAGUGUGCAGGGGGUGGAGGGGCUGAGGAGGAGAACAAGGAGAGGUGGAAGAGAGAGGGGAUCAGGAGAAAGAAGGAAAUUUACCAAAAGGAGAAGCAGCAGGCCAACAAAGAGACAGAGAGGCGACAGAAAGAGAGCAGUGCCUCAAAACGCAAAGGGAAGGGUGGUGGUGGUGGCUGGGACAAGCGUAGCUCCAGCCUGAGGCUGUCCAGACAGGCUCUGUUCCGCAGUGAGUCCCAGAGGGAAGUGCUGGAUCCUCGAGCCCUAAAAGAAGAGUAUCUGAGGGGGGCACAGUGGACCUCCUCCCUGGACAUCGGCAGAGUGCACCGCACCAGUAACGCCAGUGCACCGCACCGCAGCAGUAACGCCAGUGCACGCCAGUGCACCGCAGCAGUAACGCCAGUGCACCGCAGCAGUAGUAACACCAGUGUACCGCAGCAGUACCGCCAGUGCAACGCCAGUGCACCGCAGCAGUAA